GGAAGUGUGUCUGAUAUGAAUUACCAGCACAUAUCAGUGGGACAGUGUUUGUUGAGAUCCAGCUUCAGGUUCAUCAGCUGCAAACAUAUCCAAUCAUGGUGUGUCUUAGCAUCAGUCCAAAGGUGGCACUGGUUGACGAGAGGAUCUCCAUCACAGUCAGCAAGCUUCGUCCACUACAGCGAGUGACCAUACAGGUAUGGGUAGAAGAAGGAAAGGCAGUGUUCAGCUCCUGCGGCCAUUUCCGUGCAGACCAACAAGGACAGGUUGAUAUUGAUCAACAUGCUUCUCUGGGGGGAACUUACAGAGGUGUUGACGGCAUGGGUCUUUUCUGGAGUCUAAAGCCUGUUCCAGGUAUAUCUAAAGAUCCACUUCUCAGAAAGGUAGAUGUUACAACACCUCUGGUUUUCAGACUGUCAGUCAUAGAUGGCCACAUUCUUCGGAAAGACCUCCAGUUGCCCACGACAGUAGUGCUUGUAACAGACACUUUGCAACGCUGGUACAAACACAGUUCUGUAAGGAGGAUUGAAGUGCGUGAUGGCUCCAUCAGAGGGACGUUCUUCUUGCCUGUUGGUGAAGGGCGAUUCCCAGGAGUGCUUGACAUGUUCGGUUCAGCGGGAGGUCUGACAGAGUUCCGUGCUGCCUUGUUGGCCUCCAAAGGCUUUGCUUGCUUUGCUCUUGCCUACUUAAGAUAUGAUGACCUACCAAGUUCAAUGGCUGACAUUGAUUUUGAUUACUUUCUUGAUGCUGUAGACUGGCUGGUGUCUCAUCCCAGUGUCUUACCUGGAGGUAUUGGAGUGGUCGGUACGUCCAAGGGAGGUGAACUGGCCUUCCUGCUUGGCAUGUCAACUAAUCAGAAUGAAUGAAAGUAAACUUAUACAUACAGAUGAAGGUGUUUAUCUCAAAGACGCUGCUUGCUACGACACUGAAAUCAUUCCGGUUAGUAGAUUUAGUUGCAGUAAUUUACACGUUGUUGUGACA